AUGAAGGUUCCUGCCCUGCUGCUGACAAUCGUCCUUUACUGCGCCGCGAAGAACAGUCACCAUGUCGAUCUCAGUCACCGCGGACUCCAGACUGUACCGACAAACAUCUCGCUCACAACAGCGAGUCUCGAUUUGAGUUGGAAUUGUCUGCAAAGUAUACCCAAUGACUCCUUCGUCAACUUAAAUUCGUUAACCUCGCUGGAUCUGUCCCAGAACAAACUCACGAGGUUAGAACCAUCAGCUUUCGGAGGUCUGUUGCAGCUCCUUUUUCUAAACCUGGGAAACAACCAGCUGCUACUGGGAUACAAAUCCUACCCUCCCACAGUAUUUCACCCUCUGGAACAAUUGGAAAUCCUAAAUAUGGCUGACAACAUUCCAGGCCAACGGCUAGAUCAUCCUUUUCCGAACGAGAUUUUCAGUGGCCUUGACUCGUUGAAAGAGUUAAGCAUUGAUGGACCUGACGACGGUUCCUUUGGUCCAGGGGUGAUGCAUAUGUCACAACUUAAAAGCCUUUCCGUAAACUUCUGGGAGUCUGGCGAUAGUCUCAGUAAUGAGACAUUGGCUUACUUCUCAGGUUUACCGAUCGAAUCACUAGUGCUGCUAAGUCAGGGUUUAGAAGCAGGAACUCUAAGAUAUUUUCCAUUCUUGACAAGCUUAAGUUUAAAGACCAACGGGAUUACCAAGGCACUCUCCGCACUUGCUGACCUCACCCAUCAUAAUUUGACCUACCUUACAAUCUCAGGAUGCAACCCCGGCGCUGGGAGCCUCAGGGAUCCAGAAAACUUAAUCCUUACCCGAAAUAACACGGUUCACCUGGCGGAUAUUUGUGUGCGCCACCUGGACCUAAGCGACAACGCCCUCAUCCACGUCGGGAAAGAUGUCCUGGUUGGAUUCCGCUAUCCGGAGUGCGUGGAAAGUUUUAGAGUGAACGGAAACUACCUGUCAAUCGCCUCUAAUGGCUUAUCUUUAGUUAGCUUGGCUCGUUUCGCGAGAUUAGAAUACCUCAGUGUUAGUCCAGGUCGAGAAUACACUUUGGGUAUGACAGAUUUUUCAUCCGAACAAGAUAUGCCAGAGUUCCCAGACGGACUGGCCGUGCAGUUGACCUUACCCCAGUCAUUGCGAGUGCUGAAUGCGAGUUUCCUGGGUGGAUCGGCCAAAGACAUACCAGAUCUGAAAUUUAUAAAUGCACACCAUUUACAAGUUCUUGAUCUCUCAUAUGACAAUGUAGAUGGCUGUACCUUUGUCGUGUCUGGACUGGAGAACUUGAAAGUGCUCAACAUAUCUGGGUUUGACUGCAGUUUUCUGUCUCCAAAAUUCUUUUCACAUUUUACAUCACUGGAUGUGUUAGUUGCCCAAAACUGUAGAUUGAAUACAGGCUUGCAGCAGAACUCGGUUGCCGCCAUAUUCAAAAAUCAAGCAAACUUAAGAACCUUGGAUCUAUCCAGUAAUAAUUUUGUAACACUCAACCUAGAUAUUUGA